AUGCAGUUUCCUGUCAAAGUAUGUUUUGCUAUGACAAUAAAUAAAUCACAAGGACAAACCUUGAAAAUUCCAGGGAUCGAUGUAAGAGAGGAUUGUUUUUCACAUGGACAAUUUUGCGUGGCAUGCUCCAGAGUCAGUAUAACCACAAAUUUAGUUAAUUUAGCACCAACAGGAAAAACAUCAAAUGUAGUUUAUAGAAAAAUUUUUAUGGAUGAAGAUAGUGUAAGGGACUAUUUAUUUUCAAUCACUGAUGAGCAAGCUGAAUGCUCUGAUAUUGAUGGUGAUUCAGAUUUUGAAGACGGAUUAUUAAUAACUAGUCCACAGCACAAAAAUACAAGAAGUACUUCAUCACAAUCUGAUUCUCCAGCAUAUGAACCAGAUGUAACCAAAUCACCAACCACACCAGUAUCAAGUAUAUCUAGUAGCACACCACCACCUACUCUCAAUUUUUCUCCAAAUGAUUUUGACAUUAUGAGUAUGCCCAUAGAAAUAAUUGAAAAUGGUGAUGUGUCUACUGAAAUAAAUACUCAAUCUGAAUUAUAUGCUGCUCAAUGUAAUCAACAAUUUGUUACUUCAAUUGAAGAACUACAAGCCUUUUUUGGCUGUCUCAUCAUAAUGGGAUUUCAUAAAUUACCUACUAUUCGUUCUUACUGGUCAACAGAUGCCAAUUUUCAAGUCCCAAGGAUAUCAUCUAUUAUGUCAUUAAAAAGAUUUCUGUCUAUACUACGAUUUCUCCAUUUGAAUAAUAAUUUAACUAUGCCUAAACGGGGACAUGUUAAUUAUGAUAAAUUAUACAAAGUGCGACCGCUGAUCAACAAACUAAAUGAAAAGUUUUUUUCAAAUUUCAACCCAUCUAGAAAUAUUGCUCUAGAUGAAAGUAUGGUUGCUUUCAAGGGAAGAACCACAAUUAAACAAUAUAUGCCACUUAAACCAAUCAAACGAGGUAUAAAAAUUUGGGCAGCUGCAUGUUCUAAGACUGGAUACCUACUACAGUUUGAAGUAUACCAAGGCAAGCAAGGAGAUCCAGAAAUUGGUCUUGGAGAAAAAGUUGUGACACAUUUAGCUAAUCUUUAUGACAACAAAGGCUAUUGUUUUUAUUUUGAUGGGUUUUUCAGUAAUAUUCCUAUGGUGAAAAAUAUGGUUGAGAAAAAUAAUUUUGCAUGUGGUACUAUCAAAUCAAAUAAAAAAUAUUUUCCAUCUAGUGUUCUAAAAGAUGACAAAAAACUAAAACAAGGUCAGUUUGAUGUAGUUACUUCUAAUGAAAUAACUAUAAGUAAAUGGAAAGACAGAGGAAAAAAGUGUGUAAAUGUAAUUAGUAAUAUGCAUGAUGGCAGUUGUAUUGGUUCUGUUUCUAGAAGAGACAAUCUAGGAGUUAAACAAGUAGUGAAGGCUCCAGCUGCUAUUGUAGACUAUAAUAAGUAUAUGGGGGGUGUCGACCAUUUUGAUCAGUUUCAUUCUUACUACAAUGUGGCCUGGAAGUCCAGAAGAUGGUGGCUAAAAAUAUUUUAUUAUCUUCUAGAUGCUUCUAUAGUAAAUUCAUUUGUGCUAUAUCAAACUUCUAGUAAUCUCCAUGACCCAAAAUCAUCAAAAUAUACACACCUAAAUUUCAGAUCAACAUUAGCAAAUCAAUUAAUUGGUGAUUAUUCUUCAAAAAAAAAACCGGGUAUUCAAAAGUCAAUGCAAAGAAAAUUGACAAAAAAAACUGGAAAAGUGAUUGUUGGCAACCAAUAUUACCUACAAAAUGUUGGUGAUCAUUUACCAACAAAAGGUACAUAUCGUCGCUGUGGAUAUUGUAGUACUAAAGAGACACAGAAACGUUCAAACAUUAUUUGCAAAAUGUGUGAUAUUGCACUUUGUUUAGAAUGUUUUGCACCCUUCCACAAGAACCCCUAA